AUGGCUGCCCCGGCCUAUAGUCGUUGCGCCCAGCGCGUCCUGCGUCAUCUUCACCUCAGACCACAGCUUGCGCAGCAGCAAUCUUUGCCGGCGAGGCGCCAAAUACGAGACAUGCACAAGUCGGCCGCACGAUUGUCCACGAAUGCAACCCCAUCACAAGUACUCAAGACGCGGUAUCGUGUCGCUGCAGUCUUGGCGGCAGGUCUAGCGUCCGUCGCUAUCGGAACCUACUUUGCGCCCAAAGUCUCGUUUGACUCACCCACGGCCAUCAUUGGCAGCUUCAAGCCGUCCAUCGAAACGCUACCCGAGAAACCAGAACCGGAAUUGCCAGACACACGAGAUGCAUCGCUCCCACGAUACCGAUUAUCCGAAGUAAAAGAGCACGACGGCAAGGCGGAACGGCCGUGGGUCGUCCAUGGUGAUAAAGUCUACGACAUUACAGAAUGGAUCUCUGCCCACCCUGGCGGCUCCGUCAUCUUACGAGCAGCCGGCGGCUCCAUUGAGCCGUACUGGAAUAUUUUUGCCAUCCACAAAAAUGACUACGUCUACGACAUUCUGCAACAGUACCUGAUCGGCUUCGUGCACCCGUCCGACCUGGAAGACGGAAAGCCACCCCAAGACGCCAUUGAGGACCCCUUUGCCGACGACCCCAUCCGCCAUCCCGACCUCAUCACCAAGACCGUGAAGCCGCGCAAUGCCGAAACGCCAGGUGAGGCCAUGAGCGCCCAAUUCCUCACCCCCAACGAUCUCUUCUACGUCCGCAACCACAUGUGGGUGCCCCGCAUCGCCGAGGACGAAUCCGACAACCAUCUGCUAUCUAUUGAGCUGCUCGACGGCAGUAUCAAGGAAUACACGCUACGCGACCUCAAGACGAAAUUCCGCGAGCAUCAAGUGACGGCCGUGUUGCAAUGCUCCGGAAACCGCCGCAAGCACAUGUCGGACGGAUCUGGUCGCGCUACCAACGGUCUCCAAUGGACCGCCGGCGCCAUCUCCAACGCAUGCUGGGAAGGUGUCCUCCUCAGCGACGUGCUCAGGGACGCCGGCUUCGAAAAUGACCAGGGCAUGAACGGCACCAGCGAGGUCAAGCACGUCCAGUUCAACGGCAUGGAAGCCUACGGCGCCUCGAUCCCCAUCCGGAAAGCGGUCGAUCCGCAGGGGGAUGUACUGCUGGCGUACGGCAUGAAUGGAAAGCCGCUGCCGCGCGAUCACGGCUAUCCGCUGCGGGCCAUUGUACCUGGCCACGUGGCCGCGCGCUCCGUCAAGUGGCUGAACCAAAUUACGCUCAGCGAGGACGAGAGCACGAGCCAGUGGCAGCGCAAGGACUACAAAUGCUUCGGGCCAAACCAGACCAAGGUCGACUGGGACAAGGCACCCGCCAUCCAGGAGCUGCCGGUCCAGAGCGCCAUAACUGCGCUGAGGCUCGGCGACUGGGUCAAGGAGCCUGCCGUCCCGGCGUCUGUACCUGACGCUGCGGCCACCAGCCAAGACGAACCCGCCGCCGACGGGCGCAAAGUGACGCUCAGCGGAUACGCCUUUUCUGGCGGCGGCCGUGCCAUUAUUCGCGUCGACGUCUCCGUCGACUCCGGCAAGAACUGGACGCAGGCCUACCUCUUACCCGAUUGCGACCCUAAGCCCGGCUCGCCGACAUCGCUGUGCCACGGCCACGGCGCCUGGACCUGGAAGCGCUGGAUGUACAAGGGUGUAAUCCCCGCCAGCGUAUUUGCCCAAGGCGAGCCGGAAAAGGUCGAGUCGGUCGAAAACGCAGUCUCCCCCGAUGCUGCUUCCGAUCCGCCGCCCCGGAGAUGCACGACGCUCCUCGUAAAGGCUACCGACGAGGUCUACAACUGUCAGCCAGAGAGCCACGCGGCGACGUGGAAUUUUCGUGGCAACUUGGCGAAUGCCUGGCACAGGGUGCAGGUGUGCAGCGAAUGCGCGCCGGAGACGAAGAAGACGGGGAAAACAACAAAGGAGUGA